UUUGCGCAUAAAGGCGUUUCCACCGCGAUUUCUCGCAUUAUUAAUUUUACCAACAUAAAAAGAUCCCACCAUGUCGAAUGAACAAAUGGUCUGUCAGCAUCUUUUUAAAAAAAAUCAGUUUCAUGUUUUCAUCAGCCCGGUCAUGACUUUUUUCAUAGGUUAGGGUUAGGGUUAGGGUUAGGGUUAGGGUUAGAGUUAGGGUUUAGGGUUAGGGUCAGGGUCAGGGUUAGGGUUAGGGUUAGGGUCAGGUAAUUCAUCAGCAUGAAAUGGUUGGAUGGAAACGUGAUUAGUGACGCUGACGUGUGUUGAAUAUAACCGGACAGACGCCCAUAAAAUAUACGUAGGCAAAUGUAUUUACCGUCUGUCGGGUAUUCAUUCAUAUAAGGCCUCGUGGUCAUAACCGUCUCUCCGGUGAACCAUGACGGGAUACCUGAGGGUUCUGUCCUCCAUGUCGAGGUGUGCAGCGACGCUUACCGAAAACCCCGCCGUGUGCCAGAGUCUGCGACACAGAAACUAUGCAGUUAAGCGUAUCAAGGUGGACCAGCCGGUGGUGGAGAUGGAUGGAGAUGAGAUGACAAGGAUCAUCUGGGAGUUCAUCAAGGAGAAGCUGGUCCUGUCCAACGUGGACGUGGAGCUGAAAUAUUAUGACCUGGGUCUGCCGUACCGCGACCAGACAGACGACCAGGUCACCAUCGACUCGGCCAUCGCCACAAUGAAGUACAAUGUGGCCGUCAAGUGUGCCACCAUCACUCCGGAUGAAGCCAGAGUCGAUGAGUUCAAGCUGAAGAAGAUGUGGAAGAGUCCCAACGGAAGCAUCAGGAACAUUCUGGGCGGAACCGUCUUCCGAGAGCCAAUCAUCUGCAAGAACAUUCCCCGUCUGGUCCCUGGUUGGACGCAGCCCAUAACGAUCGGCAGACACGCCUUUGGUGACCAGUACAAAGCCACAGACUUUGUGAUCACCAAGCCAGGGAAGUUUAAGAUGGUGUUCACCCCGGCUGAUGGCAGCAAGGGGAAUGAGUGGGAGGUCUUUGACUUCCCCUCAGGAGGCUGUGGGUUGGGCAUGUACAAUACUGAUGAGUCCAUCACAGGGUUUGCCCACAGCUGUUUCCAGUAUGCCAUCAAUAAGAGGUGGCCUCUAUACAUGAGCACUAAGAACACCAUCCUUAAGUACUACGACGGGCGCUUCAAGGAUAUCUUCCAGGAGAUCUUUGAGAAGAACUACAAGCCAGAGUUUGACAGGCUGAAUAUCUGGUACGAGCACCGCCUCAUUGAUGACAUGGUGGCACAAGUCCUCAAGUCCUCUGGAGCCUUCGUCUGGGCCUGCAAGAACUACGAUGGAGACGUUCAGUCUGACAUACUGGCUCAAGGUUUCGGCUCCCUGGGUCUAAUGACGUCAGUGUUGGUGUGUCCUGAUGGGAAGACCAUUGAGGCAGAGGCAGCCCACGGCACCGUGACACGGCACUACCGCGAACACCAGAGGGGCAGACCCACCAGCACCAACCCCAUCGCCAGCAUCUUUGCCUGGACCAGAGGGCUGGAACACCGAGGGAAACUGGAUGGAAACCCAGACCUCAUCAAGUUCUCCCAGACUCUGGAGCGGGUGUGUGUGGAGAUGGUGGAGAGUGGUGUGAUGACCAAGGACCUGGCAGGCUGCAUCCACGGCUUGGCCAACUGCAAGCUGAAUGAACAUUACGUCAACACAUCCGACUUCCUGGACGCCAUCAGGACCAACCUGGACAAGGCUCUGGGCAAGUGAAGAGGAGGAGGACAACGCCACAAAACAAACUAACACUAACUUAGAUUAGAUCUGUGUUGCUACCAUGUUGUGUUGUGUCUCUCUUUAUGUAGUGUUGUGGUGUCUCUCUUUAUGUAGUGUUGUGGUG